AUAUAUUUACACAAAUAUUCGGUUGGGGAAUGCCAUGCUCGCGCUGAACCCAUUGCGCAAGCCUCGCUUAUUUUGAUUAUAGUUUAAAACUCAGGUAAUUUGCGGCAUUCCAUGACUCAGUCGCGCUUUCAGCAUAUGUUCAGAUCUACCAAAGAAUUAAACAUUCAAUGAAAAUCAGUGUAAAUAAUCUUGAAUAAAUAUUUAUAUGGUUUUCUAAAAUUUUUAAUAUGGAAGUUGAAAAAAUUAUUAUACCUACUAAAGGUUAUGGUGAAUCGAAAGAAAAUGUAGUGCAAAACAUACUACAAAAUCUUCAGGAUGUAGAAAUUAGAGGAGUAGAAUCUUCUGAACUACUUUCAAGACUACAACCUUGUGUAUCUGGCAACAUUUCAGAAAUCACUGAAAAUCUCAUCUUAACAUCAGCAAGUAUUGUAAAUCCACAAACUUUAGAAUUGUACAAAGUUUCCUGUAUCAUUUCCUGUGCUCCAGAAUUACCCGUUCCCAUACAUCGAGAUGAUAUCCUUUACCAUGCAAUCAACAUCAUAGAUUCUGGUUAUUCAAGGAUAUUGCCGUUUUUUGAUAAAGCUGCUGAUCUUAUACAUCAGGUUUCAAACUUAGGAGGUAAAACGUUAGUCUACUGUGUAGCUGGAGUUAGUCGAUCAUCUAGUAUCUGCUUAGCUUACCUAAUGAAAUAUUAUAAAUUAUCAUUACUCGAAUCAUACAACUAUUUGAAACUUCGACGACCGAGGAUAAAACCAAACUGUGGUUUCUUCAAACAACUAAUAGAAUACGAAAAGCAACUAUUUGGUUGUAAUACAGUCCAAAUGGUUUACAACGAAUUCGUCCAAAUGGAGAUACCUGACGUAUAUGAUUCCGAUUAUAGACCGAUUACUAGUUUUUCUAAGAAAAACGGACGAUAAAUCAUUAAAUUUUGGGUGUAUGUGUUCAAAAUGAUAAAUAUGUCGCAUAUCGCUAAAUAAGACUACCUCAUAUGUACUUAAUAUUUAUUCAACAUUUUGGUUAGAGAUUCCAGACAAUUAGCAUAUUUCCAUUUUGAUGUUUUUAAAAAAGGUCUAUUUUCUUUGUCCCAUUUUGUGAGCUGUAGCAAAAUUUUGGGUGUCUUGGAGGCAGAACAGAAAUAUGUAUAUGGGACUAUAAACAAUCAUGGGAGUGAAGUCUAGUGACCUUGCCGGUUAAGGAAUGUCCACAGAGCGACUAAGAACAAAAUAUUUCUUUCCGUAGCAAAACCAUCGAAGCCUUGACUAUGUGUCGUAUCAUCCUGUUGGAACUACAUAUGUGAGCGGAUCAAAAAUAACUUUGUAGUCAUGCAAGCAUGUUCCUACUAUUAACAUUUAUAGUCUGGCUUCAUUCAUUUCCAAUAAAAAGGUUCAAUGAUCCCAAUAGUAGAUAAAGCGCUCCAAGGAGAUAUUUUGAGAUGAUGUAAUCAUUUUCGUUACUUCAGUCGUGAGUUACGAGUUCUUAGAGGUCAGUGACGGCAAUUCUGCUUGUUAAUUUGACCUAUUAAAUGGAAAUGAGCCUCGUCGUUCUAAAAAAAUUAAUUAACACUGCCAAAUUUCUCCAACAUCGUUUCACAAACAUUUCUAUGCGAAACAAACUCAUUUUAUUUCCACUGUUCCACUGAACGAUUUGGAUUUUGAAAGAAUAUAACUCUUUUCCAAAGUUCAUGGAUCAUCUCUCUUGAAAGUUCCAAUGAAGCUACUCGUUUCCGUAUUUAGAGUCGUGUAUUUUCACAUAAACUCUGUUAUACCAGUUCAAUAUUAUCGAGGGUCCUUGCAGAUUAGCUAGACCUCGACCAAGAAGUGUUCAUAGUCGAGGGAGUGGUCCAAAAUCUUUGCACAAAGGAACGAAUUGAGUUUAACACUUGGUCUCUCUACUAAAUGUGACAACUAACCUGUUAGGUACACCAAGUAUGGAAUCUAAGUCCACUGACGGCUUUACUGAUCCCAAUCUAGCAAGUGAAUCAUCUUUGUCGUUAUCCUCAUUGUGUAGAUGUUGGAUUAAUCCACUCGCACUUAAAAUGCUCCUAUCGAUGAAAAAGUGAUGUCACUAGUUAAUAAAGGAGAAUUACAGGUAUUAUGAUAAAAAUAACACCAAAAAAUUAUCAUUUCUUUGGCAACACUGUACAAAGCUGAAGAAAUUUUGGUAAUGAAUCAUAUCUUAUAUCUUCAAAUGAUCAAUCCUUUUAUAUGUGAAUCUCGGAAACAGCUCCAACAAUUUUUAUGAAAUUUAGUAUACAGAGGGUUUCGUAGCCGGUAAAUUGAUGUAGCCAAGAUUUAUUUUUAGAAAAUGGCGAUCGAUUGAUAAUCAACUUUUUUUAUUGAAAGAAAAAUAACAGGGUAGUUGCAUUCUUAUGCAAAAGUCUUUUGAAAGGCUCAUUUUAAAGGUUAUUCUAUGUGUUUUAAAACAGAUCUCCUGAAUUUUCCAAUUUUGGGAUUCUCCAAAAAUAGCCAUCCUUCAACGAGCAAUAACUCAGUUAUUAUUGAAUCUACAGAGGUCUUUCAGAAACGAAUCUCUUUGUUUUUUAAGAGCUACAAGUUAUUCAUGAAAAACAGUAAAAAAUAUGCGUUUAAAUCUUCAAUAACUCAGUAUCAACCUUAGAAGAAAACUUUGAGGAAAUAAAUUUUUAUCUCCAAGAAGGGGUCACUUUCAUCUCCAGGACAAAAGCACCUUUCGGCACAGGGUAGAUUUUGAAGGUUAUAAAUACUAAAUACCAAUUUUCAACAAAAUCGACCUUGAUUAUCAAAAUACCAUGGGAAAUCGGCUGGUAUCUGGCCUAAAAACUGUGGUUUAUUUCAUAGACUUCUAUGUAUUAUAUUUAAAAUUUUUUGUACCUGCUAGAAUUUGAAAUAGCUGAAUUGUAUCAUUUUUAAGUUAACUAUAUAAUAAUUAUAUCAAGAAAUCUCCAAAACAGCAUUGUUAAACCGAUGUAUUAAAUUUAUAAAUACGUAGUAAGUGUUUUAGUAAUUAGAUAUAGAAAAUGAUAAAAAGGACCAAUUAGUUUUGUAAGUUUUUCUAAUAAUAAAGGAAAUAGUAUCUAGUUAUUCCCUGUUUCAUUAUUAACAAUAAAUAAUAACCUAUUAUAACACGUAAGGCAUCUUCUUUCCUGACAUUUGAACUAGCAAUAAAUUCAUGAAAA